AUGAUAGACAGGAAUGGGAUAUGGACCAAACUUCAGUCCUACCGUACUGUCAUCCUCUUCGGGUUCGCUCUGCGUGUAGCUCUCUUUCUUGGAGCUCCAUCGCUUUGUCUUACGGUGGAACGAAGGCCCGAGUUGUCCACCCCAUUGACAUCGAUACGAAGUUUGAAAGAGGGAGUAUAUAUAUACGAACGAGGGACUAAUCCAUAUGACGGAGGGGUAUUUUACCACUCCCCUAUCUACCUCGCUUUCUUCAGCUACAUCGUGCCCGCCUCGUCAUACUUUCUCACUACGAUACUAUGGUCUCUGGCAGAUCUGGCGAGCAGCAUAGCUCUGAUCAAUAUCUGGCGAGCUCGAAGUGGACUGUCAGAUGGAACAAGGGAAUGUCUGAUAUCCGCAUUAUUCUUGUUCAACCCUUACACACUGCUCUCAUGCUUGGCAAGAUCCACGACAUCGCUGGAUAAUGCUGUACUUCUCGGUUCUCUGCAUUUCGCUACUGAUGGCCAAGCCUUACCUGCGACUCUCCUACUAGCUCUUGUAACACAUACAUCGUUAUAUCCAUUACUUCUGCUUCCUCCCCUCCUUAUGAUUUUAAAGCAAAACACAAAAUAUCAGCAAGAGUCAUUGAAUCUAACCAAUGUCAUCACAUAUAUAUCAAGCUUCGCUGCUCUUGUUGGAGCCAACUUUUUUAUAGCUGAUUCUAGUUGGAUAAAACAGACUUGGGGGGUCAUUAUCAACGUCACAGAUCUGACACCCAACGUCGGCAUGUGGUGGUACUUCUUCACCGAGAUGUUUGAUCAUUUCAGGACUUUCUUCCUUGGCGUAUUUCAGCUUCACCAUCUUAUUUACGUCGCUCCCAUAUGUCUGCGACUGUCGGACGACCCUCUAUUCGCUACCUUGGUUUUAGUUGGGAUUAUAGGAACUUGGAAGAGUUAUCCAACGUUGGGGGAUAUGGCAUUGUGGGCUGGAUUUCUAGGUUGCUUCCCCGAAGUAGCUGCUAAUCUUCGACACCCCUUGUUCACUCUCACUGUCCAUCUAUACACAUCAAUCCUUCUGCCUCUCCUGCACUCCCUAUGGCUUCUCACCGGUACCGGUAAUGCCAACUUCUUCUACGCUGCUACUAUGGUGUACGGCCUCAACGCAAGCCUGGCUGUAGUAGAUGUCCUAGCAGCAGGAAUGAGGGUGCAGGUUAAGAAGAAAGCUACGGCGAUGUUGCUGCAAGAAGAGAUGAAAGAUCAUAACGUGGAUGAGAGAGCCGAUAUCAAAGUGAUUGAUAAGAUUUGGGAUGGUAAAGGUUGGUCCGUAGUGCAGUUUACCGGUUCACUAUCAUAA